CGAAUCUGUGUCUCUUUGUCCUGAGGGGGCUCUUGGGUGGUCGCGGAACUGGGCUCUAUGCGCUGGGAGAGGGAAGUGGAGGUCUCUGAAAUAAGAUGAAUUUGGCUGAGAUUUGUGACAAUGCAAAGAAAGGAAGAGAAUAUGCACUUCUUGGAAAUUACGACUCAUCAAUGGUGUAUUACCAGGGGGUGAUACAACAGAUUCAGAGACAUUGCCAGUCAGUCAGAGACCCAGCCAUCAAAGGCAAAUGGCAUCAGGUCCGGCAGGAAUUGUUGGAAGAAUAUGAACAAGUUAAAAGUAUUGUCAGCACUUUAGAAAGUUUUAAAAUUGACAAGCCCCCAGAUUUCCCUGUGUCUUGUCAAGAAGAACCAUUUAGAGAUCCUGCUGUUUGGCCGCCUCCUGUUCCUGCAGAACACAGAGCUCCACCUCAAAUCAGGCGUCCCAAUCGAGAAGUAAGACCUCUGAGGAAAGAAAUGGCAGGAGUAGGAGCCCGGGGACCUGUAGGCCGAGCACAUCCCAUAUCAAAGAGUGAGAAACCUACAAGUAGGGACAAGGAUUGUAGAGCAAGAGGGAGAGAUGACAAGGGAAGAAAAAAUAUGCAAGAUGGUGCAAGUGAUGGUGAAAUUCCAAAAUUUGAUGGUGCUGGAUAUGAUAAGGAUCUGGUGGAAGCCCUUGAGAGAGACAUUGUAUCCAGGAAUCCCAGCAUUCAUUGGGAUGAUAUAGCAGAUCUGGAAGAAGCAAAGAAAUUGCUAAGAGAAGCUGUUGUUCUUCCAAUGUGGAUGCCUGAUUUUUUCAAAGGAAUUAGAAGGCCGUGGAAGGGUGUGCUGAUGGUUGGACCCCCAGGCACUGGUAAGACUAUGCUGGCAAAAGCUGUUGCCACUGAAUGUGGCACAACAUUUUUCAAUGUUUCUUCUUCUACACUGACAUCUAAAUACAGAGGUGAAUCUGAGAAGUUAGUUCGUCUGUUGUUUGAAAUGGCUAGGUUUUAUGCCCCUACCACAAUCUUCAUUGAUGAAAUAGACUCUAUCUGUAGCCGAAGAGGAACUUCUGAUGAGCAUGAGGCAAGUCGCAGAGUCAAGUCUGAGCUCCUCAUUCAGAUGGAUGGAGUUGGAGGAGCUUUAGAAAAUGAUGAUCCUUCUAAAAUGGUUAUGGUAUUGGCUGCUACCAAUUUCCCAUGGGACAUUGAUGAAGCUUUGCGAAGGAGAUUAGAGAAAAGGAUAUAUAUACCUCUCCCAACAGCCAAAGGAAGAGCUGAGCUUCUGAAGAUCAAUCUUCGUGAAGUUGAGUUAGAUCCUGAUAUUCAACUGGAAGAUAUAGCAGAGAAGAUUGAGGGCUAUUCUGGUGCUGAUAUAACUAAUGUUUGCAGGGAUGCUUCUUUAAUGGCCAUGAGGCGGCGUAUCAAUGGCUUAAGUCCAGAGGAGAUCCGUGCACUUUCUAAGGAGGAACUUCAGAUGCCUGUUACCAAAGGAGACUUUGAGUUGGCUCUUAAGAAAAUUGCUAAGUCUGUCUCCGCUGCAGAUUUGGAGAAGUAUGAGAAAUGGAUGGUUGAAUUUGGAUCUGCUUGAGUUUUUGUCAGCUCUUUCAUUUUCAGUGUAUUUAUUUAUAAAAUGUGAAGAAAUUCCUGCAGUUUUUCAAGACAGGUUUGGAAUUUUUCAUUUGAGAAGUUCUCACUUAGAGGCAAAAAAGAAAACUAAAACCACAAAGUACUAAAUGUGGUUUUGAACUAAGAAAAACUUGAAUAGAGAAUCUGAUUGUCUCCCUUGCCUGGCCUUGUGCUGGUAUUCCUCCUCCAGGGAGGCCAAAGAAAGUAGCAGUGUACUCUUUUAGAAACUUGUUUACAAAAGAUUUAGAAGGAUGUUCCUUACUUGCAUUUGUCUCUCUUUUUGUUUGUUUUUCAAUUUAUUGCUCUAUGACUAUGAGGGAGCUAUAUAUAUUGGCUUUUAACAACAAAACUGGGUUUGCAAAUUCAUUGUUAUAAGAAAAAUGAUAGUAAGUUUUGGAGGAAAUAAGGAAUUUGCUAGUUUCAAUCUUUAGAUUUCAGUUCCUACUUAACUGUUAGAGUAUAACAGUUAUAAUUUUCACUCCUUCCUUCCCCAUUGUUUCCUUUAUUAGCUAUUUGAUUAUUUUUUUGAGCACUAUCGAGAAAUAACCUGUGCUCUGGGUUUUAAUAGCUUUGCCAGGUGGUUUCUCUGGUCCAUAGCAUUUUUUGCUAAUAUCUCUUAUAAGGAGUGCUUCUUCAUUCUAGACUUCUGAGUUUGUUUUUGCUUUUCUUUCAACAUGUUGAACCAGUUACAGCUAAUAUUUUUCUCAGCUCCAACACAAUUUGAUUUUUGUUGAAUUCAAUUUUAGUAUUUAAGAAAAUACUUUGACAUUUUAAACAAACCCAGUCUGCAUGGCUAAUGCAAAACAAAAUGUUUGUAGUUUUCCACACAGCUUGUUUAACAACACCAUCAUAUGUAAUGAAUGAUGUUUACUUGAAAAGUUUGAAAUUCUUCCUUGUCUAGAUGAAGAACUGGUACACAAAGUAAGAUCAGGUUAGAAAUCUGUCUGCUCAUUCAGACCAGCAGGAAUUAGAUGGUAGAUCAGAGCCAGGAAAGGCAAAUGACACAUAUCUAAUCACAAGUAGAGUAUUCUGAGGGGUUAGGUCUUAUAGUUAAUUACAUUUAUUCUAUUUGAAUCAUUAGACAAUCUGUUUUAGUGAUCAGGCUUUUUAAAAUUGGUAUUUGAUGACAUACUAAAUUCUUGAUUUUGAAUAGCACCUACUGAUUUAAAACAUAUAUUAUAUGGCUUGUAGACACAGGAGAAACUCUUAGUGUCUUGCUUAAAAGAUUUAACUUUUUCCCAUUAAGAACUCUAAAUGCCUCAUGUUCUUUUCAGAUAACUUAAGUCUUCUUUUAAAUUUCAGUAUUUAUCUGAUGCAAUAAAUUUCCCUUUUUCCUCAGAGACACAGAUAAGACUCUAAAUCAUAAGGCAUCAUGAUUUUAUUAUAAUUGGAUUAAUUCAUCUUGAAAAACUGAAAUGAAGUUGCCUUUUAUUUAUUAACUUUUAUUUUAUUUAUUUAUUUAUUUAUUUUUGAGAUGGGCUUUCCCUGUGUUGCCCAGAAUGGUCUCAAAUCUCUGGGGUCAAUUGAGCCUCCCAAGAAUGUGGGACUAAAAAAAAAAAAAAAAAAAAAAGAAUGUGGGACUAGAGGUAUGCCCUGCUGCACCCGGCUCUAGUUGUAAACUUUCAAAAUAAAGAAAUAAUCCCACCAAAAUUAUCUUGUGGACUAUUGCCAUUCAGUAGUGUAUUUUUUCCCCUAAAUUUUUUGGGACAAUUGUUAAAACAUAGUUAUGUAAUUAAAAAAACUUCUCUGUCACAAUUUAAUUGAUUUGUAGACCUUUUCUAGGUUUUGUGUUACUUACCUCAGCGUGCAUUUAAUUGUUUUAAUUCUUUAAGGAUAAUGACAUAGCAAUUGUGUUUCUUUUAUUACCAGUUAAGCAGUAUUUGGGACUCAAAACUUCCCAGAAGCUUAUCUUGACUUAAUUGAGUCAUCUGUGCUUGUUUCCCUUGUUUCUCGUUUUGCUCUGUCAGUGGAUGGUGAAGGCUUUGUAUAUCUAAGCCCCUUAAAAGAUCACAAAGAGUCCCGCACGUGUUCUGUCCAUUUUUUAGUAUACACUGCCUUUAUUGCAAGACAGUGUGUUGCCUUCCCUGGAAUGAGAAAGAAUUGCUUUGGUUUGCUUUUCUAUGUUGUAAAAGCAGAUGCAUUAUCAGAAGUAUACAUUUUAGUUCCUUUAAUUCUGGAAACGUGAGUGUUCAGGGUUCUGUGGCACAAUGAUGUUAGGACUGCACUGGGUAUAAUUCUGCUUUAGAUAUAUAAUCAGAUGGUCCCUUCAUGGGCAGACGUGGAUUGCUUGCUUGCUUGCUGUAUACAGGGCAAUGGGUGGGAGCUCUGACUUGCAAAGAGGGAACAGACAGUGAAGUUCUGACUUGUUGCUUUCUCUAAUUACUCUGUGUAGCUUCUGCUUUCUGCUGAAAUAAGAGUUUACCUCAACAAUCUAUAUUUGAGAAAAUAAUAUAAAAAAGUUCCCCCUCCCUCUUUUUUUGCUCUUUAAUCAGUUUUACAAUUAGAACUGAUCCAUUUGUUUCAACAAUAUAAACCUAUUAAAGAUCUGAUGAUUGUAAUCUCACUUUUAUCGUUUUCUAUACUAUAAUUACAUGUGUAAUUAUGGUAAAUGGGUACACGUUACAUGUUUACUGUAAUCAUUUUGCUCCCAUAAUUCCUUUGAUUUUAAAGGGAAUUAAUGUUGAUCAAAUAUACCAGACAAAUUGCUCUUCAGUGGCAGUUGUAUCCUCUUAGUCACCCAAGUAGAUAGCAGACAAUAGUAUCACAGCCUCUCCAGACACAAUCUAGGCUCUGUCUGCUAUCUCCCAAAAUACCAAGACACUGUGGAAUGGAAUCACCCUGCAGGCCGGCUGUAUAGCUAGGGCUUCAUUUGAGCUCCUGAGAUUGUGGUUUUUGUGAUAUGAUUUUUGACUUGCAAAUAUUUCAAAAAAUUGGCUGAAGUCUCGAUUCAGAAAGUAGGCAAGCACUGAUGAAUCUAAUAUGAACAGCCAUACAGCUAUAUCAAGGAAAAAUGUGUAUAUACAGGCCAAAUUGACAAUAUAUUUAUCAUUCUUUCACUUUGCUCUGUGCAGCCCAACUAUUGGACAAGAAAUGAUAGAUACUUUUUAGAGAGCAUGAGUUCAUUUGGCUUCCUUUCUUGGAAGUAAGUUUCUGUGUAUACUGAGGAGUCUGAGAUGAGAAUCACAAAACAUUAAAACAGUAACUGUGUCAUUGACACAGCUUGAGGUAACAUAAAGGACUAGGCAGGUAUUUCAUGUAUGGGUGUCUUUGACUCCUUCAGUAUUGUCUAAUAAGUUCUUGAGUCUUUUUUUGCAUCAUAGUUAAUUUCUACUUUUCCUUUUAUCUUAUUAAUAAUAAAUCACCUUAGAGGAUCUCCUAUAUGUUAGGAAUCAGUUAAGGGUAUAUGCUGGCUUUUUCCAAGAAAAGGUUACUUAACUUGUAUGAGGAAAAAAAUCAUACUAUUCUAACUUUUUUUUGGUCUUCAUUUUGUUCUUUAACUGUUCUGUGUAUUUUAUACAUACCACUUAAUUUGUGAUGCACAUAAUAUUUAUGUGAAUCUAAGCAUCUGUCACACAGAAAAAAGCAGGAACUAUGGUUGGGAGAACAUGUUAAAGGGAUAAAAAUGUUUUGCUCUCAUUUCCACUAAUAGUAUUUGCAUAAAGAACUAAAAACUCUGUUGUAAUUAUUGUUAAGUUUACUUAUUUAUGCUUUUAAACUAGGUUUUUCAUACUUAUUUAUUUAAUAAUCUUGGACAUUUACUUUUAAUGUUGUUUCUGAAUGUGGAAACUGUAUUUAAAAAAUCAAAUCUGUGUAAUAAUAGAUAUGUUUAUACACGUUCAUGUGAUUGACAAUAAUUUGAAUUUUUAUUAGGUUUUGGGCUCUGAACUCUAGCUUUGGUAUUUCUAAAUUUUAGAUGGCUUGUUAAUAAAACAGGGAAAAUGUUAAAGUAAUAUAGAAUUCUUUUUGUUUACUUUUCUCAUUUAUUGAGAAAAUAAAAAUAAAACCUGGAUAUAUUGUUUUAUCACAAGUAGUGUGUAGCUUUUAUAUACUUGGCACAACAAAUAGGGAAUUAGUAUAGCAAAGUCUCCCUCUUAUCAAAGGGCUUUCAUUUGAUAUGUUCAAAACUAUAAAAUGCACUUUUACUUCACAUUCUCUGAAAUGAGUAAAUAUUGCCCUGGAGAAACCUGAGUCUUUGCAUGUGUUAUUCCCAGAGUCUACCUCAGGUCACCAUGCUUGUUAGUUUUAGAUAUGAAUCCAGUUCAGUUCUUCAUCUAUGCAGAUUUGUUUCUUUAAGUACUCUCUUCCCUUGUCCUCUUGCCCUCUUAUUAUUAACUUUUUCAUUUAAACACAAAAUUUUCUUAAAAGCUGUCUUGUCUGUCUUCCUCUUGCAAAGCCAUGUGUUCCCAAGUAGGCCUCUGUGGAUUGUCUGCUCUUCCCCCUGAUGUCAUGGCCACUUCAUUAUUUGGAUGUAUGUCAUUCUUAGGAGAAGGUUCAAACACAGUGUACAUCCUAGUUUCUCAUAGCUUUGUAAACAGGGACAUUAAAAAUUUUGGAACUAAUGUUCAUGUGUCUAGUCUCUAAGAACCUAAAUACUCUUUUUGAAAAACUCACAAAAGUGGACAAAUGUACAUUCGUCAGGAGAAGCUGCAGUGGGCGCUGUCCGGGUGCUCGCUGUGUGUUAUGGUGGUUUAUGAGUGUCUUGUCAAGAUUUUUGUUCCAGUGUUUGUCUCCCAGUAUUUGACUAGUUUAAAGAAAAAGCGUUUUCUAAAUUGCAUUUAUUAAACGUGUUUUUCUUCUCAUUUUGUGCUGCUACUUUGCUAGUCUUGAGCUUAGUUGGGUUUGUGUGUAGGUUGUAAUCCAGUAAUAAAUUUCUAGAGUGUUGGUUGUUUGUGUUUUGUUUUUUAUGUUCAGUCACUGGGAUGCUUCUUGCCACCAGUGGGAACAACAAACCCCCCUCACUAGUAAGAUAGGACUUUUCCCAGAUUUUUGUUCCUCAUAAAAUAACAUAUUGUUAACUUGACAUUUUGUACUUGCAGUGCAUUAUACUAAUAAUUUCAAGGUUGGUACAGGUAAGAAUUGUGGUUUUUCAGUUGAUUCUGUUUUAAUAAAUACACUUGUCUUAUUUGUGUAGCACCAUUGCAAAAAGCAUGUUCCAUAUGGUGGAUUUUCCAGAUAACUGAAUCUUAUUUUAUGACUUCUGUCACUGUUGUUAUUGUUAAAGUCCAUAGUUUACUGUAGAGUUCCCUGUAUCAUACAGUGUUAUGGAUUUUGACAAAAAACAAAAUGUCAUUUAUCCACCAUUGCAGUAUCAUACAGGCUAGUUUUUUUUCCUUCUCUUCAUUUUUCUUCCCUUCCCAAACCCUGGCAACCACUGAUCUUUUUAUUUCUCUAGUUUUCCCUUUUCCAGAGUGUCAUGUAGCUGGAAUCAUACAGUAUGCAGUCUUUUCAGACUACUUGCUCUGAGUUACGCAUAAAGCAAAUAUGCAUUUAAGAUUCCUCUAUAUCUCUUUAUAGCUUGAUAGCUCAUUUCUUUUUAACACUGAAUAAUAUUCCAUUGUAUAGAUGUGCCACAGUUUGUUUAUCCAUUCACCUACGUUUAUAGUUCCAGCAACUCUGAAUAAAGUUGGUUUAAACAUU